GGUGGGGCGUGCGCCGCAAACUCGCAACUCCCUCACUCCCUCACACACAGAGAGAGACACAGAGAUACACACACAGAGACACAGAGAGACACACACAGAGACACACACAGAGAGACACACACAGAGACACAGCUACUACUACAACUCCCUCCACACCCCACACACAGACACACAGAGACACACACAGACACACAAAGACACAGAGAGACACAGACACAGCUACUACUACAACUACAACUCCCUCACAAUUCCGAUCAACAUCAUCGCGACCGACAUUCACCAUCAAUAAAUAAUCAUCACCUAUCAAUCAUCAUCACCUAUCAAUCAUCAUCAUCACCGUCGAUCUAUCAUCGUCAUCGAUCUCCCGUCUCGAGGCGUGAGAAGUUUCGGGGACCCCGCGCGAGUCGCCGUCUCGCCAUGGGUCUCGCCGCCUGCUUGAGGUGCAUGAAGUUCGUGCUCGUCGCCUUCAACUUCCUCUUCUGGCUUGUGGGGUGCGCUCUGCUGUCCAUCUCGCUGUGGCUGAGAUUCGAUCAGAACACCAAGGACAUAUUUGACAACCCCAACGCACCAACCACCUACUAUGUUGGGAUCUACGUUCUGAUCGUGGUGGGGGCGCUCAUGAUGGUGGUCGGAUUCCUGGGCUGUUGCGGAGCCAUCCAGGAGUCGCAGUGCAUGCUGGGAACCUUCUUCACUUUAAUCGUCAUCCUCUUCGCGGCCGAGAUCACCGCCGCCAUCUGGGCCUUCAUGUUCCACGACGAGGUGGAGACGCAGAUGAUUGAGUACUACAACGGCCUCUACAACGACAAGGGCAACAGCACACGCUCCGCCACCAACACAACUCUGAGCAUCAUCCACUCCACGCUGGAUUGCUGCGGGCAGCCGAAACUCAACUACACCAGCCAGUUGUCGACUUACUCGUGUCCACCGGAGUACACCAAGAACUGCGUGGACGAAAUCCGCAGCUUCCUCGGGACGAAGGUUUACAUCGUGGCCGGCCUGGCGCUGGGGGUGGCAGUCAUCAUGAUCUUCGGCAUGAUAUUCAGCAUGGCCGUCUGCUGUGCCAUCCGCAACGACAGCCCUUACUGAGAAGUUUUGCCAGCGUCUCGGCACCAGCUGGGCCAAGAUUGGCCCGGCAAGCUUUAGCCUGGCCACGGUCUGGCCUAAAGCCUCGCUCGGUCUGGCUUGGCCCAUCUCAGCCCAGAAACGUCAUGCCCAGCCGCGUUCGUCCCACCCUAACAAAGCCAAGCUCAGCCUAAGCCUGGCCUGCCGAAGCCUAGUCCAGGCCGGACCAGUGUUGCCAACCGAACAAUUUUUUGGCACUAGAUUUAAACAACUUUAUGAGUUUCUAUAGCAACAAAAAAUUGAGUUUUUGUCAGUCUACCGAGUGUAAUACUGCGCGGAAUCAUGUCGAGCGACAUGGCUGCCAAUUAAGGUAUCCCUUAAGGAUCCUGCAUCAUUUUACAUUUGUCACCACAUUCUCCGGAUCGUGUGACACUUCCCGGAAAGAAACGCCCCAAAUUUGUUCCCAGUCAGAGAUGAAGUUAUACGGAUCUGGUCACGCACACACACGUGUACUAGCAAACACACGUGUACUAGCAAACACACGUGUGUGCGUACACGUGUACGCACACACGUGUACGCACACACACACGUGUACUAGCAAACACACGUGUACGAGCAAACACACGUGUAGAUGCAAACACACGUGUACGCACACAAACACACGUACACACAAACAUACUCACACACGUGUACGCACACACGUGCACAUGAAAACACGUGUACGCGCACACACGUGUACGCCCACCCACGUGUACACGCAAACACACGUGUACAUGUAAACACACACACGUGUAGAUGCAAACACACACGUGUACGCCCACCCACGUGUACACGCAAACACACACAUCUGCCGGAUUGCAAGGCGCACCACCAAACGUUUCCUCUGGAACACAGGAAGCAAGUGCGUGUUGUAAUCUGGAGAAUGCGGUAACGCUGCCUCAGUCGUCAGCCGGCGUUGCUGGCAACUUGAGAAUGUCUGCCUAGCGACGUCAAAUCAGCUGCCUGAGGAUCACUCGGCGACUUCCUCAGCCUUGUCAAGACCACCGACUCAAAAGAACUGAAUGUGCCCCAUUGUCGUAUUAGUUUAUCGUCAUUUGCAGAUUGUGAUUGGUCGUUGCCCCCAGGGCCGUUUGCGAAGCGGGGUUCCCGGAGUAUCAUGGCCGGAGCCUUCUCCACACGCGGGGCCUCCCAGAGGCGCAUGACAGCGGCUAACGAUUCGUGCCUGUGGCGAUGAGUCCCGGUGAGGAUGCAGCCGAUGAGCGCGGUUGGCUACGUUCGGUGCGAGAUAACUUGGGACGUGCAUUCUGCAGGGUGCUUGUGGGAUGGCCGUGUUAGCCCAACUAAUUUCUUCGAACUGCUCGUCGUUGUUGUUGACGUUGUGGUGUUUAAUUUGUUGUUCUGCCCCCUCCCCGUCGCGCCACCGAUUUGGCCACGGUUGCCGACGUACGGCGCGCAAGAUGACAAAACGGGCCACGCAUUCGGUUAUUUUGGUGGUGACGGUGGUUCCGGACACAGCCUUCUUGCCCGUUGUUCAAUCUUAUUUAAGCAGUUUCGCAAGCGGGCGACCGGGUCCCGAGCAAAGCGAGCAAAGCCGAGGCAGCCAGCCAGCGUUGUCGGCCGAGCAGCCUCGGAACAAACUUUUAAAUUGUAGUGUUUUUAUAGGAAAUGAACUCUACCGAUAUGCUGAGUAACGGGAGAGGAAAUCUAGAAACGCAACCGCGCAGCAGCAAAUGUUGCUUUGCGGCAAACGAGAAAGAAAAGUGCCUCUGCCGUUUUAUUUUUUAAGAAACUCGAGUCCCGAUGAAUCUUGAAAGAAUAUAAAUGAUGUAUACGA